UCGUUUUUCCCUCCCCUCCAUCCUGCUCAUCCGAAACCCACCCGCUUCGCUCCGGGGGGAGACGUGCGGCUCCUGCAGGACCUUUCUCCCCACUCCCACCAGACAAGGGGGUGUCCUCAGGCACCCUCCUGAUGUACCCUGACUGAGACAACCCUCUUCAGCAUGAACCCAUGGGCGCUCCCUCCCCCGGCUCCCGGCUCGACCCGCCCGGCCAUGAAGCCCCGGCAGACGGAGGUCUCCAUCCCGCUGCAGCCCCCCGAGCGCGGGGCCACCCCCGCCGCCGGCCCCGACGGGCAGCCCCGGGACUACGUGGUCUGGUCCCUCUUCAACGUCCUGCUGGGCUACGGGCUCGCCUACCUGGGCUGCCUCUGCUUCCCCGCGCUCGUCUUCUCCAUCAAGGCCCGCGACUGCAAGGUGCUGGGGGACCUGGAGGGUGCCCGGCGGCAUGCUGCCCGUGCCAAGAUGUUGAACAUCAUCUGUUCCCUGCUGAUGGUUCUCUCUGUGGUCAUCUGCAUCAUCAUCAUCAUCAUCACGUUCACCACCUGACUGCUGCACCGCCGCCAACCUGCUUGCUGCCACCCUGCAGGGUGCUCCUCCUCCUCCUCCCACAACCUCCCUGCUUUGGGCAGGUGGUGCAGGGGGAAAGGGAGCGACGCCCCGUCCCCUCGCUGCCUGCACCCCCGGGUGUCCCAGCACGGCCACGGCAUGGAAGGGGAUGGGUGGGCCAGACUGGGACAUGGGGGACAGCCCCCUUUCUUCGCUUCUGCACCUUGGCGGGGAGCUGCUGGGCUUCCUGGUGUUUAACCGAGCUAUGACAUGUAUAUAGAUCGCUUGCCACAAAUAAAGCUCGUCCUGCCAAAGCCCCUUUCCUGUCGCCUUAUUCACAGCGGGGAGGGAGAGGAGCAUCCUUGCACAUCUUCGGGACAGCCUCCUCCUCCUCCCGCUGCCGCCAGCACGUGCUGCCCACCAGCUCCGCAGCUCUGCCGCCAUCCCUGCUGCUGCGCAGAGCGCUUCCAGCCCAGACCACAGAUAAGUGUCUCUAAAGAUUUAGGCGUAGCAGAAGGAAACAAAAACCAUCUCUGUGCUUCUCUGGCCGUCCACACCCCCUCCUACCACACAGCUCCAUCUCCUCCCGCUUCCAGGGCACCCUGUAGAGCUUUGCUAGAAGUAGCUCUUCCACAUUUUAGGAUUAAGUUCCCAUUUAAUGCAUCCGGCAGCCCAAACGUGCUGCAAAUGAAGGGUCUUCCCAAUGAAGGGUCUUCCCAGCCGAGAUCACCUGGAGGGAUUGGGCUGAUCGUAGCGGGGCGAGCUGGCGCAGCGAGAGAUCCUGGCACCGAGAGUCUGUCUCGUGUUGGCCCCUCGGGGUGAUGGCCACUUGGCUUCAGUCAUCCCACGGCUCCAUCCCGACAGUCCUCCCCGAGAGCUCGGCCUCUCCCUCGGUCACGCUGGAGCCGUCUGUGCUCCUCAUCGCGGGAGGAAGGCUGGAUAUAAAAAGCCUGUAGGCUCGCAAAACCAAGUUUGUUUCUCCUAGCUCCCGGCCAAGCAUGUCUGAUAACCACAGCCUGGGGAGGGCUGUAAUUUCUCCGUUUAUAUAUAGAGGAGACGAGGCCGUGCCGUAGACAAGGACUAUAUAAAGGGGCCGCCCUGCCGCGCUCCCCCAGCCAGGCUGGUGGAGCAGGAGAGCCGCGGGGUGCCCCUCUCCGUGGCCAUGGACACCUCCUACCCACGGGAGGACUACCUGCCCACGCCGUCCCACAAGCGGGAGCCGUCUCCCACCGUUCUCGCUGUCGGUGCCUCCCCGCCGCCCCGUGACCACCUCAUCUGGUCCGUCUUCAACACCAUCUACAUGAACUUCUGCUGCCUCGGCUUCGUGGCGCUCGCCUUCUCCGUCAAGGUACGUGUGCCGAGCGGGGACGGGAGACUGGACAUUUGGGGUCAGCUGGGAGCCCUCCCCACGCUGAUGCCACGGGAUGGACUUCCCCAGGAGACACGGAGCUUCCGAAAUAACCACCUGGGAGGGCGGGGGACGAGACCCCAACACUCAAGGGACUGGUUGCAGGUGACACCAUCGCCUGAUAAAGCGCCCCCGCUAUUAACGAGGCUGUGAGACUCCCUAGGCACCCACAGCCUCCUGCCAGCGCCGGAGGAGCAGCUGCUUCUCCCUAGAAGGUGCCGGGGGGCCGCGAUGCCCCCAGCCCCUCCGCCCACCCUCUGGCAGGAGCAGCUCCAGCUCCACUGGACCAGGGUGGAAAGAUGGGGGCGAGCAGGGCCCGGAGCCAGCGAGGCUCUGGAAGAAGCAGGAGGGAAAAACCCAGCGGGGCCAGAGGGGAGCAGGAGCGCACGGAGCCGGCGGGCAGCCCGGGAUGGACGGGCAGCCCCGCUCUCGGCACUGCCCGGGGGAACUAAAUUGCGGGCUGCAAGGGGACCAAAGCCACGGAGCAAGGGUGGGAGGAGGGGGGCGAGGGGGAGGGAGCUGCGGGCAGCCCAGGCGCUGCUGCCCCGUCUCUUGGCUGUUGCAGGCGCGGGACCGGAAAGUGGCCGGGGACGUGGAAGCUGCUCGGCACUUCAGCUCCAAGGCCAGGUGCUACAACGCCCUGGCCACGGCGGGGAGCGUGGUGCUGCCGCUGCUGCUCACCGCCCUGGUCAUCACGGGCGUCAUCCACCUCUCCAAGCUCGCCCAGGAGUCCGUCGGCUUCUUCACCUACCAGUUCAGCGGGAGCAACGAGGAGGACAAGUGACCGGCGGGCGAAGGGCUUGUAGAAACUCCUUCGCAUCACUGGUGGCCCCCCCAGAAAGACCACUGGUCCAGCAUAACCCAGCCGCCACGCCGGGCCACGUCCACAAGCUUUCACACCCACCGGGCAGCGUGCGGCCGGGGGGGGGGAGGCAGCCCCACAAGCUUCUCCCGCACUGCUGCAUCUCCCCUCACCCUCCCCUGCCUGGUCCAGCACCCCCAGCCCCGCAGUGCCCAUCCCAGCUCCCGGCCACGCUUUUUGGGGCAGCUCGAUUGUUUUUGUUUACCCUGUUUUGGUUUUUUAGCUCCCUUUAUCCCGUGCGGAGCACAGCAUCCCUCCAGCCUCAGCAAUCACUAUUUAAAUCAUUAAAAGUUUCACACGU